GUCGAGUUUCUAUUUUGGAAAUUUAACUAGUAAGGCAGGCUUGUAAUCGAUCAAAAUUGUUCCAGCUUUCCUCGAUUCAGAAACAUUUUACUCUUCCAAACCUAGUGUAGUGAAAGGAUUUGGUCAUGGAUUUUUUAUUUGGCAAGAGGAAGACUCCUGAGCAAAUGCUUAAGCAACAUCAGAGAGCUUUAAACAGAGCGAUGAGGUUCGUGUUAUUUUAGUUUUCAGAAUUUAUGUACUGUUUUCCAAUGUCUUGUAAACUUUUAGCUGAUAUUGGAUUCUAAAAGGCAAAUGCUGCUUGCUUUUGUAUAGUGUGCACAUUUAAAGAGACAGUUUUUUCGUAGAAUUUGUCUCUUUCUGCGUAAGAUUUGUUUCCAAGGGAAAUUAUUUAUAUUUCACUUAAGAGCGAAUGCUUGACAUGGUGCUGUAGCUCUAACUACUUAGUACGUCGAGUUGUUCGAGCAUUUCGUUCGACACAGUAAUCGAUUAUCCUGUUAUCGCAAGCAUCUGAAUUGAUUUAUCAUCCUGGGUCGUUCAGUGGUAAAAAUUUCAUAUUUUGCCAUGGCUUCUGGUAUCUCAGCUAUCCUUCAUGUACAACUCAGGUUAUUUCAGUCCAGUUCUUCAUCUCUUAUCAUUUUUAAGAAUUUUGAAUUCAUAUAUUUCAGAGAUCUUGAUAGAGAGCGAGCCAAAAUGGAACAACAAGAAAAGAAAGUCAUAGCUGAUAUAAAGAAAAUGGCAAAACUUGGACAGAUGGUAUGUCUGUAAGAAUUACAGAUUUAUUAUGUUGUUUUUGAAACCUUAAGAUGUUUUAGCUUCCACUCAAAAUAAUUAUAUAACUCUUGAUAGCUACAAUAUUAUAGUAUGUGACUGUGACUGUUUUACCUUUUACCAGACAUGAGUCUGUUUCAUGCCUCGUGGGGUUUCAGAUCUUCAGUUUAAAUUGGUAUCAUUGAAAAUUCUUUAUGAUUGCCAGGAGAGUAAGCACAGUAGUUGCCCGUUUAUUUCAAUUCCCAAGUUUGAUUACCUGUUAAACAUAUACUUUAACCACUCAUCCUAGACAGACUUCUGAGUAUUAUAUCUUGUAGCUGAAAACCAGUGGAAAAGUUGAAAAUCCAGCUCAGUUUGCCAGUUUUGAUUUAUAUGGUAUCUUACCACAAUUUUUCCCAUACCUCACAGUGUCUCUCUAAAUCGACUUCAUUUGUGUCUAUAUUCAGCAUAUAUCCCCUGUACAUGUACAUCUCCCCAACAGAUAUUUUUCUCAUCUUCAAUUCUUAAUAUUUCAAUAUCCUGGUAUGUUCAGUCACAUUUACUCCUUGAAUCUCAUUCUUGUGCAUCCAAGCAUUGCAGACCAGCUGUUAAGAAAUUUUAACUUUUAUGUUUGGUUUUUCCUCCCCAGCUCCCUCAGGCUCCCUUGAAGUUGUGGCCUGUGUCCCCACCCCCUCUCCUCUCCCUUUCUUCCUAUGCCAUUCCCUUCCAGCCCUUUCUCCAGGGGUGCCUAUGUCUAUACCCCCCCCACUACACAGCAUGAGUUUUCUAUUCAAGUAGGAGGCAGUUCCCUCCUGUUAACCCUUAAAUUCCCAAGAUCUGAUUGUACAUCCUCCCCUUUAGCUGCUGCAGAUUUCCUUGUAAUUAGUUACAAGAAUUUGGUAUUAGAUUGACAUAACAACUUCUAUCUGAUAAGUUUAUCAAUGAGAAUUCUCAUUACCAGUUUGCUGGAUAAUGUAUGGAUAUUAUAGCGAGAAGUUAAAUGUUCAUCAAUUCCUAGAGUUAAAGAGUUAACUACACAUAAUGUAUACUUUACAGGAUGCAGUCAAGAUAAUGGCGAAAGAUCUUGUGAGAACUAGAAGAUAUGUCAAGAAAUUUAUAGUAAUGCGCGCAAAUAUCCAGGCAGUUUCACUCAAAAUCCAGGUAGGUUAAGCACUGUCUCAAGGGGGCCUCUAUCAGUUUGAAUGCUUAACCCAUUACACCCUAACAUCAGUAUGCAUAUUCUCCAUACUGCUCUUUAUACAUUUCCUAAGGAGGAAAACAAGGAGAAUUUUUUUACCAAUCGAAAGCUUCUUUUGUUGGUGAUCAUUUCCUUUAUUCUCAUGACCUUAACAUGUGAUUCAGGGCUGAUAUUGUUGGGAGAAAUUUGAUGCUAACAGGGCUAAAAAUUAUUCCAGUGCUUGGUGGCCAGUUGGGCCAGUUUCCUUGAAUUCUUAGUGUCCCAUCCCAAAAUGAAGUUGCCCUGGAUUUCCUCUAGUUUAAAAUGAAAAACUUGAAUAAAUGCCCCUUGGCUUUUAACAGAGUGUUAAUUCAAAGGAAAGAACACAAAGUUCAGAGUCACUUGGUAAUCACAAAAUCAAAAUGGCAUCUAUAUGUUGUGAAUGUAGAUCACUUGUGAAAUCACUGUUAAAACAGCUCGGAAUUUCCACUUCAGAACUAAAAAUUCACUAAAAUGGAUGAUCUUAAGAGUCCACACAAAUUUCUAUUUUUUACUUUGUACUUCCCAUAAUUUACAUUGCAACUUUUCAAAAUUCUGUAGCAUAGUCACACAUCGGGCGUUCAAACCUUAACCUUUGGUGGCCCUGUUCAGUUUUAACUCACCACUGGCAACCAUGCAACCGCCAAUUUUUAGCCCUGUGCUAGUCAUUCUUAGGGUUUAAAGGGUUAAAAGAAAGAAAGAUGUCAGAGAUUUGUUGCGAAAAUUCUGAGUUUCUCUUGAAGGAGAUUCCCUCAAAAUGAUAUAUACAUGUAAGGAAAUUGAUAUGACUGUGCAAAUUGCACAGAGUAAUUUCCACAGUGUACCACAGUUGUGUAUGUUGACUCGUAAAAAUAAUUGGUGUGUGAAUCAUUGAUGGCGCAGUUUAAUUGUUUGGAUGAAUCUAAUCUAGGGAAAUGAAAUAUUAGAAAGGAGUAGAUUUUGCCAGAAAAAAAAAAAAUUCAGAUUUUUUUUUUAUAUUUUAAUGCUUUGCUAAAUACAACUGUCAACUUGUUGACCCCUUACAGUGACCAACAUGUAAUUUCUCCUGAGAAGAUCCCCUGAAUCAAACAUUAAGGUCAUGAGAAUAAAGGAAAUGAUCACCAACUAAAGAAGUUCUGGAUUGUUCAACAAAUUCUCCUUGUCAGCACCUCAGGAAAUGUAUAGAGAACAUUAUGGAGAAUAUGCAUACUGAUUUUAGAGCGUAAAGGGUCACUAAACACUUGUUUAUUAUGGAAAUUAAUCACCAAGCUGCACCUCCCCACAACUUGUCAUCAUAUGCUUUCUCAAUGUUGUUUUCAAUACUACUGAAUGCAAAAAGAUUUAUAUUUAGUUGAAAUUAAUGUGUUUUCCCUUUCUUUUUUCUAAAGGGAAGGCCUUGAUUUUCAAAGAUUUUGACAUUUUUCCUUGCCUAAAUUUUCAAAUCAUAAUUUUAGGUGCUACAAUCUUGUACCCAGGCAAAUCAAUUUUUUCUCUUUAUUGACAGAGAUAAGUUUGAAAUCUUGUUAAUUAUCCACCUGAAACUAAAAAAUACACAAGAUAAAAAUAGCAACUGUCAAUAUUUCCAAACUUACCUUCAUUGUUCUUGUCCUGAAGGAAAAUUAUUUUACAUUAUUUUAUAAUAAGUUUGUUAGAAAUUGUCAUUAUCCAGAUUAUGUUUUGGGUCUUUUUAAAUUUUUAUGGGUGAGAGAUGCAGCCGGUUUAUGAGUAACAAAAUACAAAUUGUAUUAGCAUCUUGAAUUCGACAAUAUAAUUUUCCUCCCAUCAAGAGAUGCAGCCAGUUUAUGAGUAACAAAAUACAAAUUGUAUUAGCAUCUUGAAUUCGACAAUAUAAUUUUCCUCCCAUCAAUUCAAUCAUUUGUACAGGAUUUUGAAAUUGGUAUUAAAAGAAGUAUUCUGGUUACCUGAAGCUAUUGGAUAAGGUAGUUUAUGCAACCAUUGCCCCACUAUUGAGAGUUUCUCGAUUUAAAUUUUAUUUUGACACCGUUAUGAGCAAUAACUUGAAAUGCAGAUUUUUAUCAAUUAGAUUUGAACAUCCUCUAACAUCUGGAAAUGUCAAGUGGAUAGAGUGCCUUUUAAUUGAAAAAAAAAUUGGUUUGAUUUUUGGGCUGAAGAGUGUACUAAGAAAUAAGUUUUUUAAUAACUUCUUUUUGUCACUCAGAUCUAAUAACAUCAACUGUAAAAUUUACCUUUGCUUUAUAAUUUCUCUUAUUAAUACUGGUUUUAAUUUUUAAUUCCUAAAUGAUUUGACUAAAUUUCUUGCAAUUUGACCCUGACUGAUUGUAUCAAAUGGAAAAUUUACCUCAGUUUAUUAUCUCUUGUACUGGUUUUAAAAGUCUUACCUGUAAUUCCUAGAAAAAAAAUCUUUUUUGCAUGUCAGUGCCUUCAAAUUUGCAGCCAUUAUAAAUCAUUCUUUAUUACAAAUUUCCAACUAAGUGCAACGUAAUGUAUUAAAAGUACUUGUGGUUGUAAACUUCAUUUGGCAAAUGUAUAGGUUGCUCCUUAGUUUGGUUCCCCUGAUUAGCUUCGCAUGUGGGUUGAGUGUGUUGUUGGUUCUCAUCUUUGCAUUUAGGUGUCUCUUGUAGUUCUCCACUUUUCCUAUCUCAGCAAUAAACCAAAUUCCAUUCAAUCUUGCAGAGGGCUUCACUUUCAACGUUUGCUUGAGUGAUUGGUUUGUUUAUUUUACAGACAUUGAGAUCCAAUAACGCCAUGGCACAAGCAAUGAAGGGAGUUGCAAAGGUAUGAUGUUUACAAUGGAAAUUGUUAAUUAACCCUUUAACUCCCAGAUCAAAUUUGUUAUUCUCUUUACUGUUGACCACACAAUUAUUUUAAUGUUAGUUCAGAGAAUUUAGUUUUGGAUCAACUUAUUAUCCUGAAAUUGAUAUUUUUCUUUAUUCUCAUCACUUGUCUGGUUGAUAUUGUAUUGAUACUGUAAGGAGAAAUGCUGUCUUGAUCACUCAUGGGAGUUAAAGGGUUAAGGAGAAGAUCAAACUGGCAUCUUGACUGCUCAAAUGUUUUCAAACAUGUAAACUCUUGAGCAAAUGAUGCAUUUGACUACUGGGUGUGGGUUUUGUAGUGUUUAGUAGUCAGAGUCACAUAUUUUUGAAGAUUUUGUGUGUACAAGUUAUUAACCAAAUUACUGUUUGGUGGAGUUUUUGGCCUGUAAUCUGAAAGAGGCUUUUUGUAACUGCUUAUGCACAGAAAGGGUGUGGGCAGAAUGAAGGUUUUGAUACAACAUCUACUUCUCCCUAUGUUUCAGAGGAGAAUACAAAAAAUUGUGGAUGGGAAAUCUAAUCUAAGAGUCUUACUACCAGAAAUUACUUGAGGAUUUUUUUUUCUAAGUGCCCCUUUGAAAUCAUUAUAACAACUUUUUGAGAUAGCUAAUAGUUUUUUGUUUUCAUUCUUUUCUGUUCAGACAAUGGCAACCAUGAACAAACAAUUAAAAAUGCCACAGAUUCAGAAGAUCAUGAUGGAAUUUGAAAAGCAGGUGAACUGUAAAUUAUGGAAAAUCUAGACAGUCAGGGUUGACUUUAGAAGCUGAUAAGUGGCGGAAACCCUGUUGGCUGUCAGACAAUUUUGUGCCAGCUAUUUUGUAAACUGUGAACAAAGACAGAAAACAAGUAUUUUGAUUAUAACAUCAAUUUCUGUUCAAGAAAACUUAAUCAGACAAAUUUUUCCCAGAAUGCUGGAAAUCACAUUUGAGAGAGUUUCAAAUGUUUGUAGGGGAGCAUACCUUGCAACAUGUUAGGCUUCCUACCCAAGUAUAACUCAAUAGUGCGAUAACUCAAUUCAACCAACACGCAGUUCAGAUCAUACAAUCAUUAUAUUUUUUAAUGACCACCCUGGCCUUCAAGAUUUAUUCGUGUUAGUGAUUUUUUUUUUAAAGAGGAUUUUGAAUGAAAGGACUGGUUUUUACUUUCAGUCUGAAAUUAUGGACAUGAAAGAAGAGAUGAUGAAUGAUGCAAUUGAUGAUGUCAUGGGAGAUGAGGAGGAUGAUGAGGAGAGGUAACAGAGGAACCUGACAAUUUUUGGGGAAAUUUUAUUGGGAGGAAGAUGGAAGUAUCUUUUAACCAGUGGUCUACACACUGAAGGGAAAAUAUGGGCUAAUGCUCAGUGCACUGGUACACAGGGUUGAGAGAAUCAGAGUGGAGACCUGGCCACGUCAUUGUAUUGUGUUGUUCGACAAAACGCUUAAUUCCCACAGUGCCUCUUUCCACUCAGGACAGGGUUGUUCAAAGCUGGGUUGAGAUAACCCAGUGUUGGUGUAAAAUUGGAUUUCAGAUUUGAAAGAUUUAGAAGAAAAUUCAGUACAAUUUUCACUUUUCUACAAUCUGGUGAUUGGAUGCUCUUAUAAGAACAGAGAAAAUUAUCAGGAAAGUUUUUAUACAAAAAGGUUCAGAGAAACCGAGAUUAAAAUUUAAACACUGGCUUAGUGCUAAUCGGCUUUCAAACAACUGGGCCCAGGAGUAUAAAUGGAUUCCAGCAAAUUAGCAGGAAGGUUUGAUUAAAUCCUGGGAGGUAACCUUGCAAUGGACUGGCAUCCUAUCUAGGGGGUGGUAGUGAAGCCACUAGUUGCUUCAUGCUAAUUUACACCAAGUUUAGUAGAUGUUCUCCACAAAGACCCAGUCAGGUGUGGAUCCAUGAACCUGUUGAUCAGAAGCCCAGUUCAUCAAUAAAUACUCUACAAACGUAAAGGAUGGCUUAGUUGUAACUCUUUCUAAUGAUCUGAAAGAACUCCACAAAUGUUAGUUUUUUUUCCUCUUUAGUGAGCAAAUAGUACAACAAGUGUUUGACGAGCUAGGACUGACACUGAAUGACGAGGUAAGUGUUACCACAGUCAAACCUCCUGCAAGUGAGUACUAUCAAAAAUGGCAAGCCUUUAGGCACUCAUAACAGUCAAUGACAACUGUAGAUGCACCAAUAGAGCAAUUUUCUAUGGAGCAUUAUAUGUUAUCAGGAAUUGCUUUGGUUUAAUUUAACUCUGUGAUUGGCCCAGAAAACCCGUGCCAUCCUCUCAACCAAUGAGUUGCCAAACUUACAACAACCGCGUCUUAGUCAUUCGCGUUUUCCCGCGCUUCAAGCAGUUUGCUUGUUUUCCCUUCGAGAUCUCAUUGACUAGCGGUAAUUUAAACCUUCGUUCCGAUUGGUCUCUGUGAAUACUUAAGUUUUAUUUUUUCGACGCUCAAUUGAAAACAGCUCUAAGCUUUGUGCGGGAAGGUUUGAUUCCUCCAGGGUUUAAUUUCUCACAAGUACUCAAACUUUUUUCUGUCCUACGCCCACACUCAUGAUAAGAUGAAGAAACGUCUUUCUUCAUUUAAGGAUGUGAAAUUUUGGAAAAAGUGAUCGCAAACAAUAAGGGAGUAUUAAAAAUUUUAAGCUUGAAGCUCAAAGGACUUUGGUAUCCUUUUUCUGAGUUAGAUCAACUUAAGGUAUAUCACAUUUGAUACUUUUUUUCAGCUUACGGGACUGCCGACCACUUCGGGAGGUAUAGCUGCUAAAGAAGCUCCAAAACAGGCCGUAGCCACCGCCGACGCCGACGCCGACCUUCAGGCCCGGUUAGAUACUUUUUGUUUU